GCAACCCUAAGGAGAAUUAUUUAACACUGUGGAGUUGUAUUUAAAAUCUAAAGAUUUCUUUUUCUUCAAAAAAUUUUUUCCUUUUAAAGAAUCAAACUUGUUAAACAGAUUGUCAUUGCUCUGCGAUGGUCUGUUUCUUUGAUUGCAUUGUCAAGUUAUUAAUUCUACAUGUUGCUUUUCUUUUUUCGGCCAUUAAUAUAUUAUUGCUUUAACAUAUUCUGAUUUUUUGCUCUUAGUUUUAUUUUUUUAUUUUAAAAAAAUCCAAACCAACGCUUUAAACAGUAACUAAUCACAUACAUUUGUCAAUGAGUUUGGCAGUUCACCAGUUCGGGUUUGGCAGUUCGGAUUUGAACUGUGAACUAUUAUAUUAUCUAUGAUCUUCCUUUCUUUUUUUUAAUGAUCGUCCUUUCUAACCUAGGAUGCUGGACGAACAAUUUAGUUCUAAAUUCCAACACCCGCAGUUAAAAGCGCGUGUCCAGCAGGUUGCAAAUCUUUUACCUAUCUUGACCCAUGCUGGAAUUAUUUAUUUAGCGCGUGGAUUUAAUGGGCCUAGACAAAAUCAUCAUCAUUCAUCAACCUUUUUCUUUUUUAAAAUAAUAAUCGAAUACCUUUGAUGUUAAGGAAAAUCAAAAUGCUGGAAUUGUCCUUGGAAGGGACCUUUUUCAUGCUAAAACCAGCUUUAAAUCUCAUAAAAAAGUCACCAUCUUUCAUAGCAAUUGUUCAAGAAAAAUCCUUCUAUAUUCCUCUGGUUGGUAUCUUGAUAGGCACAGUGGUAUAUAUCAAGAGAAAGAGUUGAAGUUGUUCUCUUUGACGCAUAGGAAUUUGAGUGUGGAUCAUUCAGGAAGGGAUUUAUCGGUGAACUAUAAUAAAGUCUUGUAAGGAUUUUGUGUAAAGGGGAAAACAUGUUUUUCUUUUAGGAUGACUGUAAAUUUCGGUGAAAAGAAUUCUUCGUUUGCUCUGUGAGUGUGAAAGAACAAGCACCAACUUGGAAUAGCUUCUGUGAAGUUCUUAUUGAGAUUUGGAUGUUUUGAGUUGUUCAAUUCAUAAGUAAAUCCACUUGAUGACAAAGAACAGCAGGGAAUUUCAAGCUUAAACAAGGUCCUUUGGGUGGUCUUCAAGGAUAUUAGAUUGUUAUGUUUUGAGAGAAAGAUGCAAAGGGUUCGAUUUUCAUCCCAACAGGCACCCGUGCAUAAGCUAGGGGAUUCGCAGAUGACAUUAUCCCCAAAAUUUAGAUUAUCUGUGAUGCAAUCUUCAUUGUUGAAUCCUUCAUCAGAGUUUGAGUUGCCUCUUCAAGGAGAACCUCUUAUUCCAGGCCUUCCUGAUGAUGUGGCACUUAAUUGUCUCCUUCGGCUUCCAGUUGAGAGCCAUGCAGCUUGCAAAGCUGUAUGCAAGGGAUGGCAUCUUCUGCUUGGUAGCAAAGAGUGGUUUUUCACUCGAAGGAAGGAACUAGGUUUCAAAGACCCUUGGCUCUUUGUGUUUGCCUUCCACAAAUGCACCGGGAAAAUUCAAUGGCAUGUUCUUGACGUUACCCUUUUCUCAUGGCAUACCAUCCCAGCGAUGCCAUGCAAAGACAAAGUUUGUCCCCAUGGUUUUAGGUGUGUUUCACUUCCUCGUGAGGGUGCUCUCUUUGUUUGUGGGGGUAUGGUUUCUGAUGUGGAUUGCCCCCUUGACUUGGUGUUGAAGUAUGAGAUUCAGAAAAACCGUUGGACUGUGAUGAAUAAGAUGAAUACUGCUAGGUCAUUUUUUGCUAGUGUAGUGAUUAAUGGUAUGAUAUAUGUUGCUGGGGGAAACAGUGGAGAUCUUUUUGAGCUUGACUCAGCAGAGGUUUUCGAUCCUGCAAAGGGGAGUUGGCACUCAAUUGCAAGCAUGGGGACAAAUAUGGCAUCUUACGAUUCUGCAGUUCUCAAUGGAAAGCUUCUUGUGACAGAAGGCUGGUUGUGGCCAUUCUUUGUCUCUCCUAGGGGUCAGGUUUAUGACCCAAGUACCAAUAAUUGGGAGAUUAUGGCUGUGGGAUUGAGGGAAGGCUGGACUGGCUCAAGUGUGGUAGUCUAUGGGCACUUAUUUGUGGUUUCCGAGCUCGAAAGAAUGAAGCUUAAGGUUUAUGAUCCAGACAGUGAUUCCUGGGAAACAAUAGAAGGUCCCCCAUUACCAGAGCAGAUAUGCAAACCUUUUGCUGUCAAUGCAUACGAUAACAGAAUAUAUGUUGUGGGUCGGAACCUUCAUGUGGCUGUGGGCUAUAUCUCAACCCUGAAUCAAACAGGCAACUCUGAGAAGAAGUGGAGCUUCGGUGUUCGGUGGCAUGUUAUUGAUGCCCCAGAACAUUUAUCUGACUUGACACCCUCAAGUUGUCAGGUUCUGUUCGGUUAGCUUCUGAAACAUCAUAUUUUGUGCCUUGUAUGUUGUUUAAUAAAUUGUAAUUAUACAAAAUUACGAAGGCUGUAGGGUUGGAAUGACUUUGUUAUUGUAACAAAUGUAUUAUCCAUACUUUUGUUGUUCUUCUGUUAUUUCUCAGUAAUUGCUCAAUCCAUAUGUUUUACUAGCUCGAUCU